CGGCGCUGCGCUGGGGAACGCCUCCGCCCGCGCUUCCGCCUCGGCGGCGGUGGGCGGGGGCGACCGGGUCGUCGGCGGCCCCUCGCCGUGCGGUGGCCCGCCCCCAGCCCCUGUCCCGAGGCUCGGGCGUCAGGGCCCACAGACAUCGCCCAAGGGGCCCUUGCCCGCCGAGGCGCCACCAACCCUCCUGCCCCGAAGAGCUGGCCUGACGUCCCCCGGCUCGCGGUACCCGGGGUGGGGGGGGCGGUGACGCGUGGGGUCGCCCACUUCCCGCGGUGGAGUGUUCAGAUUCGCGUCGGGUGUCCGGUCAGCAUCGCCCCCUGGGACGUUGAGCGGCGCCCCCUUUCCCCGGGGGCAGAUCACCACUUGGAUUUUGCCGUGCAGCCCGUGGUUGGUCCAGGGCCCAGUUAUCCUACCUUUUCUCCCAAUGCGCAUUUGGGAUCUUUGCCACCAUCGCUAGAAUCAUUCGGUACAAACUUACUGGUAAUUCAUUCAUCGUGGGCCAGAGAUUUUUCUUGAGAGCCACAAAUCCACGGCAGCUCUUGACUCUCGCUUCUCAGACAUCCUUUCGAGGAAUCUUCAGCCUCGCCAGGCAGCUUUGUCGAAUUUACACAGGAAACAGAUUCAGCACCCCAGGAACCACUGGAGGAGCUCCGCAGGUGCUUGCUUUUCCGAACAGAGAGGGCAGUGCAUGAAGCCAGGGGUCAUCAGCCAUGCUCCAGACUCUGUGGUCCCAGCACUGGCUUUCGUGCUCAAGGCUGCUUCAUGGUCCAAAGUGGCUGCUUGAUCUCCAGCUAUCAUGUGAGCCAGUGACCUUUGAGGACGUGGCCGUGUACUUCACCCGGAACCAAUGGACUGGCCUGGACCCCAUGCAGAGGGCCUUGUACCGGGAGGUGAUGCUGGAGAAUUAUGCAAAUAUGACUUCCUUGGGAGCAUUUCCAUUCCCCAAACCAGAGCUGAUACUCCAGCUGGAGCGGGGAGAGGCACCGCGGGGCCUGGAUCCCUGGACACCCACGGGGGGAGCGGCCCCGGGAGAUGUCCGCACAGGUGGUAAAAACAAGACUGCGAAGGAGGAGCAAACCCCAAGGCGGGACGUUUCUGGAGCAUCGGCGGCCCAGAGACCGGCGGUGGAGGGGCUGCUCCCGGACGGUCCCCAGCAGCCUCACCUUAAAGCCAGCUUGGAGGAGCCACCGCUGUGUGACCUGGGGGCGGACACGGGCUCACACGGAGGGGGUUUCACGGGCUGGCUGGUGCAGGGGUACAGACCCUCCGCCAGGGAAAGGGAGGAGCCAGCCAGCACACCGCAGGGAAGCGCCGGUGCCCGUGUCCUGACGAAGCCGGGCCUGCGCCGGGGACCGGCGGUUUACGCGUGCGGCGAGCGCGGCCGGUGUUUCGGCCUGCCUUCAGACCUGCAGCGGCAUCAGAGCGUCCACACGGAUGACAGGCCCUUCGGAUGCAAGGAGUGCGGGAAGGCCUUCAGGUACAGCUCCAAACUGGCCCGCCACCAGAAGAGCCACACUGGGGAGAGGCCUUACUCGUGCCAGGAGUGCGGGCAGGCCUUCGGCCAGAAUUCCCACCUCCGGCAGCAUCGGAAACUGCACGGCGGCGACAAGCCCUACGAGUGUCAGGACUGCGGGAAAACCUUCAGCUACAACUCCAAACUCCGCCGCCACCGGCGGGUCCACACGGGGGAGAAGCCCUUCCAGUGCGAGGCCUGCGGCAAGGCUUUCCGGUGCAGCUACGACCGCCUCGUGCACGAGCGAAUCCACACCGGGGAGAAGCCCUACGAGUGCCAGGCGUGCGGGAAGAGCUUCAGCUCCGCGUCGGUGCUCGGCCAGCACCAGCGAACCCACACCGGGGAGAAGCCGUACGCGUGCGAGGAGUGCGGGAAGGCCUUCGGCCGCAGCUCCGCCUUCCUCCAGCACCGGCGGCUGCACACGGGCGAGAAGCUGUUCAAGUGCACCGAGUGCUGGAAGACCUUCAGCUGCAGCUCGCGCUUUGCCGUGCACCGGCGGGUGCACACCGGGGAGAGGCCCUACGGCUGCCAGGAGUGCGGCAAGGCCUUCAGCCAGAAGGUCACGCUGGUCCAGCACCGGCGGCUGCACACCGGCGAGAGGCCCUACGAGUGCGCCGCGUGCGGCAAAGCCUUCAAGUGGAGCGCCAGCUUCGUCCAGCACCGCAAGCUGCACGCGCGCCGGGGGGCGGCGCCGGGGCCCGGGCCCCGCCGCCCCGCGCUACCCGCCCCCGCCCUGCCCGGGGCCGCCCCGCCUGCCCCACACCCCGCGCCGCGGCCCCCGCCCGCGCCUGGCUUCGUGCUGCGCCCCCGGGCCGCGGCGGCCGGCCCUUCGCCCGGGCGAGUAGCGCACGGCCUUCGGGACCUCACUGCCCCCGCGAGCCCGAACCCCUCGCCCCACGCCCGGUGAGCUCCCUCACGCUCUCCACCGCCCGCCGACCCACCCGCCCAGAGUCCUGUUGCCCCGGCCCCGCGUCUCUGUCGUUGCUCUCCUGGGCUCGUGUAAGUCGUCGUUGCUUUCCCAGUUCCACGUCUGGUCUCACCCUUAAGGACCGUGUUGGAUUCCCCGCUUCCGACCCCUGGGUAGGAAAUGGUGGCAGCUGUCCCUUGUGCUGUUCGGGAUGGGCCGGUAGCUUCGGUCUGCACGUGCCUUCUCUACUGGAUUUGGAGGAGUUUACAGAAGAUCUGGGGGGUUUAGGGGCGCGGCAUGCCAAUGACACGGCCUGCUGUAGUUCAAGAAAUUGGGGAGGGGCACCUGGAUGGCUCGGUAGGUUAAGCAUGGGAUUUGGGCUCAGGUCAUGGUCUCUGUUCCAGCCCCGCGCAAGGCUCUCUGCUAUCAGCACAGAGCCUGCUUUGGAUCCUCUGUCCCCCCUCCUCUCUGCCCCUCCCCCACUCGUUCUCUCUCUCUCCCUCCCUUCCUCCCUCAAAAAUAAACAUUAAAAACGGGGUGGGAUGCAAAGCCCAUGGGAGGUAAUCGAAGGAGGUAUGCAGUGAUUGCUUUCAGGAAUUAAGGAGGGCCAUUUGGUGGGGAAAUAGCAAGGCUCACUGUGUGGCAUCUGAGCCUGGGACUUUUUGUUACCUUGAUAAUGACCAUUAUGAGGAUCCUGUGUAACUAAGCAAUAGACCGAGGAGAUAACCAGUAAAAAGAAUAGGAGGUGAUGAGUCAGCAUUGAUGGCAAUAAUGUAAAAUUACGUUCCUAGACUUGAUUGGAAGGGGAUGUGGCUUUUCCGUUGGGUUCCUUUUCUGUCCCUAGCCACAUCUUUUUUUUUUUUUUUUUUCUUUUCUUCAGUGCCCACUCAAAUGCGUAGGUACGGAAAGUGAUUAGGGCCUGUGCAUUGAGAGCAGAUGCCUGGGUGUAGCCAUCUCUCAGUUAUACCUGGAGUGAACUUGUUGGCAACACAGCAUCGAGCCUCAGAGGGAAGGAGAGAGACCUAACCCUGACCUGCUGUAGCUCCUGCCUCAAAGGAGAGUUUAUUCCUAACCAUACACAUACUCUGAUGUGUUCUCACACCUACUCCACAUCCUCUGUGAUACAAUCUGAGUUUUUGAUUUUAAGUUAAUUUUAUGAUGAACUAUUUUGAGAGCACCCAGAAGGGUUUA